AUGCCGACUGAUGAGAUCGCAAACGUCGCAUCCGUCUAUCUGGGGGAGAAACCCGAGGAAGGACACGGUGUCGCCCAAGCUGUUCGGGAGGAGGUGAAGGCCGGUGCUCCUGGCCUAGGCCAACAUCAUGGACGCAAGGAAGUCUUUUCAGGUCCAACCGAGCAGAUUGCUACCGCACCGGCGCCAUCUGACUCUCCUAAUGAGCACGAACAACCAGUCCAGAUUGGAGAACAAUCAGCGAAUGCGCGUCCGAUUCCGCCGCCAGAUAUUGGUCUACAGCCAUGGCUGCAGGUGAUCGCGGGCCACUUCCUGAUGUUCAACAACUGGGGUCUCGUCGUCUCCUACGGCUCCUUCCAGACCUACUAUGCUUCAUCCGCCGGUUUGGAUGGCGGCAACGCGAACCCAUCACUCAUCUCCUGGAUCGGCUCCAUCCAAAACACCUUGCUCCUGCUGGGCGGGGCGUUCGGGGGCCGGUGGUUCGACGCCGGCUAUCAUCGCUACAUGGUCGGUAGUGGGACCAUCCUCGUCGUCUUCGGCCUCUUCAUGACCAGCCUCGUGACCAAGUUCUACCAAGCACUCCUGGCGCAAGGUUUCUGCGUCGGUCUGGGCAUGGGCUUGCUCCUGAUCCCCUCGGUCGGGCUGCCGAGUACGUGGUUCGUGCGCCGGCGCGGUCUCGCCGUUGGGAUCGUGAGUUCGGGGGCCAGCGUCGCGGGCAUCGUCCUGCCUAUCGCGCUCCGCCAUCUCAUCGGCACGCUGGGGUUCCCUUGGUCCCUGCGCAUCCUGGCCUUCAUCUCCCUUGCCACGCUACUUGUCAGCAACGUCCUCAUCCGUCAACGUCUCCCACCGCGUCGCCUGGCCAAAGGCCCGGCGCCCUUCGUCGAAUAUCCCGCCCUCCGCCAACUUGACUUUGCACUGUACGUCGUGGGGCAGUUCAUCACGUACUUUGGCUUCUUCGGCUUCUACAACUACGUCGAGUCGUGGGCGAAAUCGACGGACCUCGACUCAGGUGGAUUCCCACUGGAGUAUAUCCUUCCCGUGCUCAAUGCGGCGAGUAUCCUAGGAAGAUUGAUCCCGUGCUUCGUGGCGGAUUAUACGGGGCCGUUCAACGUCGCGGUGCCGAGCCUCUUCGUGGCCAGUCUGCUCGUCUACGUCUGGAUUCCCGUCCGGACGAUCGGUCCACUGCUCGCCAUCACGGUUCUGUACGGGUUCUUCUCCGGAGCCGUGAUUGCCAUCACGCCUGCCGUGGUCGCCAGUCUGACGGAGGACUUGACGUCGUUCGGCGGGAGGAUGGGCGUCAUGUUCUUGGCCAUUGCGUGUUCCUCGCUCGUGGGCCCACCGGUUAUGGGUGCGAUCGUGGAGAUGCACGGUGGGAAUUACGAUGCCGCGAGAGUAUAUGCCGCGACAAUGUUGCUAGGAGGAGGCGUCUGUUUUACGCUGGCGAGGAUGGUCAAGAGCAAGGGGAAGUUGAUGGUCAGAGCGUGA